ACUUUUGGCUACUGAGAUUCGGCUAUGAGUGAGCUACAACUACCACACACUAAUCCUUAUAAGUAGAGAGGACCACAGCAAUUGGAUGCUCAAGCUAAUAGCUAUCCCUUCCCUUAUGGCCUCAAGCACUUUGGGCAAACAAAAGGUUUUUGAUUCUUCUUGGACCCCAAAACAGAACAAGGUGUUUGAAAAGGCACUUGCAAUGCAUGACAAGGAUACCCCUGAUCGGUGGCACAAUAUAGCCAAAGCAGUUGGUGGUAAAUCAGCAGAGGAAGUUAAGAGACACUAUGAGAUACUCUUGGAGGAUCUCAGGCACAUAGAGUCCGGUCAUGUUCCCAUUCCCAAUUACAGAUCCCCAUCAACUUCCUUUCCUCUUUGAACAACACAGGCUGCUGAAGUAUCUAAAGUUUGAACGAUUUGAAGCAAUGCCUGUCUGAACACCACAUAUAUGUGUGUGGUGUUUUAUGAACCUGUAUAUCUUCCUCGAUCUUUUUGUUACCGUUGUAAUUUAGACCAUUUUAAUGAACUAUGCUAUUUUAGAAA